AUGACGAUAGCUCUUGACGAAAACUAUUUACCCUCGAAUGGAUUCGCUGCCAAACAAUUUGGAGUAAUGGAAGUUGAAGUUAAUUCGCAGCUUAUCGCUAGCUCGAAAAAUACUUGUGAGUACUUCUUGGCUGACUUCAUUACAAAAUACGCGAACUUCAACCGCGACUACAUCACUACUGGUUUUCAGAUGGAAGGAUAUUAUGACCAUCAGAUCUAUAAUUAUCUCGAAAAUGCUGAUGAUAAAGCAUACGUCGCUAAGCUGCGUCGCCCUCAAUGCUUGUAUGAUCCCGCAAGCAAAAAAUACAUUUACGAGCUCAUAUUUUUCCCAAGUAAUGGAUUUUGUUUGGAUAACAAGCCGCUCCCGCUAAAUACAAGCUUGAAAUUGAAAUUUAACAGACUAAACGCAGGCUUCUCGACAUAUUUCUUGUCGCCUGAUGGAGAGAAAGUAAAUACCGGAGUACAUUACAAUAAACCUCUCGAAAUUAAAGAUUGCUAUGCUCUGUGCGAGUACGUUUCAAGCCCCUCGAUGAGAAACUACUUUACUCGAAUUAGAUCAAAGCCAAUUACAUAUAAAUACGAUGAAGUAACUGUUUCUACACGGACUAUUCCAUCUGGAACAGAGAGUAUUACUCUCCACAAUAUAAAGGGAGGAAAUACCCCAGCAUAUUUUUUCUUUGCGUUGACACCAACAGACGCAUUCCAAGGGCAAGGAGAUCUCGAAACGACAAGCUUUGGGUUCCAUCAGGAUUUAACUUCGAUAAAUCUUACUUUGAAUGGUCAAUCAUGCAUGGGAUAUCCUCAGCGAAUAACAAAUGAAAUGCCAAUUUGGCCAUAUUACAAAUUGAUGGAAAUUCUGGAUCGUCUUGUUAACACAAAAUGUCCAUCAUCGAUCGGUUUGGACACUUACAAGACCUGUGCAAUCUUUGGUCACGAGUUCAUGGGGACUGAAGAGAGUCAGGGAUGGCUUAAUCUAUCCCUCGACUUCAAAAAUAGUACGACUAAAAACCAAACGCUUGUCAUGUGGAGCGUUCAUCGCGUCAAAGUUGGAAUUGACGAGCAUGGAAACGUAGAAAAAGAAAUCCUUUAA